AUGGCCACAAAUGUUGAACAAAAAUGGGAUCAAAUAAUAGAAGAUAUUGCAGAGUAUGUUGUCUCUUAUAACGUAAGGGAAUGUAAAGAGGCAAUAAGUACAGCAUUUUAUUCGUUUUUUGAUAGUAUUGGGUGUGGAUUUCUUGCAUUAAAAUUUCCAGAAUGUUCUAAAUUAAUGGGACCAAUUGUACCAGGUAAUGUGGAUAAAAACUGUGGCUGUAGAGUACCUGGAACCAGCUAUCAAUUAGACCCAGUAAUGGCAGCAUUCAAUAUAGGUUGUAUGAAUAGAUGGUUAGAUUUCAAUGAUACAUGGUUAGCAAGUGAAUGGGGUCAUCCAAGCGACAAUUUAGCAUCUAUUUUAGCAUGUGCCGAAUAUAUAUCACACCAAAAUGUAUCAAGAAACAAAGAGCCAUUGAAGAUGAUUGAUGUAUUAUGUGCAAUGAUCAAAAGCUAUGAAAUUCAAGGUAUAUUGGCAUUGAAGAAUAGCUUUAACAAAAUUGGUUUAGAUCAUGUAAUAUUGGUUAAAGUUGCAAGUACUGCAGUAUGCACUCAAUUACUAGGUGGUUCAAAACUUCAAAUUAUGAAUGCUAUUAGCAAUGCCUGGAUCGAUGGUCAAGCCUUAAGAACAUAUAGACACUUCCCAAAUACUGGAUCAAGAAAAUCAUGGGCUGCUGGUGACGCUGCAUCAAGAGCUGUUAGACUAUCAAUGAUUGCAAUGACUGGUGAAAUGGGAUAUCCAUCCUGCUUGACUGCACCAAAAUGGGGAUUUUAUGACGUUUAUACUAAUGGAAAACCCUUUGAAGUACCACUUCCCUAUACAUCAUAUGUAAUGGAAAAUGUUUUAUUCAAGGUCCUAUACCCUGCAGAAUUCCAUGCCCAAACAGCAGUAGAGUGUGCCGUUAAAUUACACCCAUUAGUCGUCCAAAAUGGAGGCAUUGACUCCAUUAAAUCAAUUCAAAUCAACACUCAUGAAUCUGCUAUACGUAUCAUCGAUAAAAAGGGGUUCCUUCGUAACCCUGCUGACCGUGACCACUGCCUUCAAUAUAUGGUCGCUAUAGGUCUAAUCUAUGGAACACUAAACGCAUCUCACUAUGAAGAUCAGGUUGCAAUUAAAGAUACUCGUAUAGACUUACUACGUGAAAAAAUGAAAUGUACCGAAAAUAAACAAUUCACCGUAGAUUACUUGGAUUUAGAAAAAAGAAGUAUUGCAAACCAAAUCGAAAUUACAUUUAAAGACGACAGCAUAGCAUCUGCAGAAAUACACUACCCAGUUGGCCACCGUCAACGUCGUAUUGAAGCCAUACCACUAUUAAAAAACAAAUUCCUAAGCUCACUAAACUCCACCCAUUUCACCUCAUCAACAAUAGAAUCGAUUACACAAGUCUACGAAAACCAAUCAAAAUUCGAAACAACCUCCAUUAUUGAUUUUAUGAAAUUGGUUUCACUAUCAAUCAAUAGUUAA